AUGCUACACGUAGACCUACCCACGAAAGAUAUCCAAAAAUUCCAAGGGGAUCCCUCGAAACAUUGGUCAUUCAUGCACUGUUUCUCGAUCUCGGUGGGUUGCCUCCCAAUGGUCGAUGAUGCAAUGUUGGUCUAUCUCAUUCAGUUUUGUGAAGGACCAACAAAGGAAGCCAUUAAAGAUUUUGUGAUGUUAGAUGGUCAGGAGGGUUACCAAAGAGCCAAAGAACCAUUGAAGAAGCGUUUCGGGCAAAACCACAUGAUUGCUCGUGCUGUCAUAAACCGUACUACCGAUGGAGCACCUAUUACCAUCAAUGACAACUUGAGUCUGAUGACGAUGGCUCAACAGAUGAGGAUAUGCGAGACCAUACUAACGCAAUUAAAUGACGAGUCUGACAUGACUGCUUUAAGGAUGUUGAAGUAUCCGACGAUUACCAAGGGCUUUCAACUCAAAUGGGCUAAAGUAGCCACAAAUUUGACAUCAGAACAAGGUGAACGCCGUUUCACCCACCUCUGUGCAUUUAUCGAACGUCAAUCCGAAAUAAAGAACUCAAACUUUGGUGUUCUGGUUACCAGUUAUUCAUCACCUAAGAAGCAAAGGAACUUAGGGUCCGAGACUGGUCGUAAAUCAGAAGAGUGA